AUGUCUAAGCUAUGCUCAGAAGGUGCUUGUUAUGAUGAUGAUAAAGAAUUAGUUGAUAAUCUUAAGAAGUUUUACCCACAGCCACCAUCAGUCCCACUAAACACAAAAGAAAUAUUUGAUCAUUUAAAAAUUUUAUACGAUGAUGACAACUAUAUAGAGCUGGAAGAUAAUAUUGAUUUUGAUAACGACGAUAGCCAAAUAAUCAUUGAUGAUACUCGUGGAUUGUUAAAAAAAUUUCUUGAAGAUGUACUCAGAGAUACAAUCAUUUAUAUGGAGAAUGGUAAACGCAGAACAGUCACAUAUAUGGAUGUAGGUGAUCCUUCAACUGCUCAACCUGAUUCAAGUAACAUUGUUGGUUCAAAUCAAAUUGAUAAUAAUUAUGAUGAAAAUAAAACCACCUCUUCACCAGGGAGCGACACUUCAACAAGGAAAACUCCAUCAUCUACACCUACACAGCCUACUUUUAAUGUAUGGCAAGUUAGACAAGAAGCGAUGAAUUCCAAAAAAGCUCCAGAAUUGCUUAAUGGAAAUAAGGAUACCAAUAUUAAUAAUGGAAAUAAUGGAAAUUAUCCUACUCCUGCUCCCAUAAUACCUCCACUAGAGGAUCAAAAUAGUUGGCCUGCUCCUGCCGAAGUCCUAAUUAAAGACAAGGAAAAAGAAGUCAAUAGUGAAUCUUCUGAGAAAAAACAAUCUUUACCAAAUGAAUUAGGAUUAAAGAAAGAAGAAAGUCCUAAAAAAGGUAAAGGCAAAUGGAUUCCUUACGAAGAACUAACUAUCACCCAUAAUCCGCCUUUACCUGGUCAUGAUAGACCAAAAACAAGACGUCGAAGUGAAGAUCAUGCUGGUUACAGGGAUCGCAGAUCAAGCGAAAAGACUCCAAGCCCUGAAGCAAGAUACCAAUCUUCUUCAUCUUCUCAGAAUAAUACUAACAAUAACCAGAGUAAACGUCGUGCCAGCGUGCCACCUCCAUUAAGAGAAAAUGGCCGUCGUUAUUUUAAUUACAACGAAAACAAUCAAAAUGGUAAUCAUAUAUCUUAUAAUGGUAGUAGUUCCUAUCGCGGUUCUAGAAGGGGUGGAAGAGGUCGUUCAUAUAAUGGCCAACGGGGAAUUUCUCGAUCAGCAUCAUUUUCAUACACCACGCCAAUCUAUAAUCAUCAAAAUUACGGAAAUUUUUAUGGAACAAAGAUUGGCGUAAUAUAUGAUAUUGAAAUCUUAAAAUUUUAUGUCUUACAACAAAUCGAGUACUACUUUAGUAUUGAAAAUCUAUGUAAAGACAUUUAUUUACGAAAUAAUAUGGAUUCUGAAGGUUAUGUAGAUAUAUCAUUAUUAGCAGGUUUCAAUCGCGUGAAAGCUUUAACGUUGGAGGAAGAAAUCAUUCGUGAAGCACUUCUUAACAGUCAUAUAGUUGAAGUUAAAGGUGAUAAAGUUAGAAAACGUGACGAAUGGGGAUUCUGGUUAUUGCCUAAACAAGUUCUUAUCAACAACGAUCCCCAAAAUAAUAUCAACGUCAUUCCUUACGACAAUUACAGUGAUCUACAUGGUGAUAAUAUCGCAUUAAAAAAUAAUGUAAAUGGCGAACUAAUAAACAGCACCAAAGACUCUUCUGGUGCUAUGAAACGUCCAUACUCUGAGAUUAAAGAUGAGAUCACAAAAUUUAUUGAUGAUAACCUCAAGAAAAUUAAAACAGUUGAAUUAUCUAUUCCAGGAUGGUAUUCAUGCCCAGCAACCCAUACUGAAACAGAGAAGGGAAAGAUGAUACAUCUGGUUGGUGAAGAAUUUGUUCUUCCAUUUACUCUUACAGAUUUAACUUUGGGUAAAAGGCACAGGACUGGUUUGUUCAAGAAAAAAUCGAUUCCAAUAGCCCAGAAAGGAGAAAAUAUUGUGCAAAAACACUUUAUUAAUGAAUGUAAUGUUAUAACAAGAUCAUUUGAUGAAAUACAAUAUGUUCUAUAUGAUGUACAUGAUUUUGCUCUUUUAGAUACACAAAAACCAGAUUUUCUCAUUUUAGAUGAAAAGCACCCACUUGAUCCUCUUAAUGUUAUAAUGAUUGGUGAGAUCAGAUUAAUUACUGCAAAACAUGGGAGGUUCUCAGAUGCAGAUGUUGGUCAUGCAACAUCAUUUGGAGAGAAAUUACUACAACUACAACCACGUCGAGCAUAUGUAUAUGUGCUUCUUACAGAUUGUCACAUGCUCAUGAUAAUUCAUGUUAGCAAAAUUAGUGAUGAUAAAUUCCAGUACAAAUAUACACGACUUGCAAAAUUAGAAUCUGAUGAUGGCAAACCAGCUGAAGGAUGGAAGCAAUUAGUUACAUUACUGUUGCAAAAGCCAGAGACACUUGGUUGGAUAACAUCAUAUGUGUACCAUAAAGGAGAAGAAAUCAAAUUAUCAAGGUCAAUUGGUGUAGGAAGAACAUCUGUGGUAUAUGAAGGCAUUUAUAAUGAUAAUGAGGUGGCUGUUAAGGUAUUAAAAGACCCCCAAUUUCUUUAUUGCUUUAAACUGGAAGUUAAUGUGAUGCAAAAAUUAGCUGAGCUGAAUUCAAGUGUCCUUCUCAAAUGUCUGUUCACAAAUAUUGAUGACUAUAAUUCUGAUGAUUCUGAUCCAAUCUUUGUUGUCUUGUUUCCACUGUGCAGACAAUACAAAAACUGGAGAAAGGAAGACAUUCCUCCCAUCAUUGAUACCUUGAAAAAGGUGCAUGAUAUGGGUAUAAUACAUCGUGAUUUUCGAAAAUGGAAUCUACUAAGAGAUCAAGAUGGUAACGUUUGUAUAGCAGACUGGGGAUUUGCGGUGGAUGUUAAUGAAUCAACUACUUUUGCUGGAUCUUUGGAGACGCUGUCAGAUGAUGCAUUACAAAAUAUUAUUGAUGAGGAGGAUAUUACAUAUACUUGUAGUAAUGAGUUAAUCUCAGUGGUUCGUUCUUUUUAUUUAAUGGUUUUUCGACCAUUGAUGAAGCGCCCUCCCUUUGGAGAAAAUAAAAAUGGUAUCAAGGAAAGAGCAAAGGAAAUCAAGGAGUUUUGGAUGAAUAAUGCACGAUCAUCAAUAUGGUUAAAUAUACUAAAAUCAGCUACAGAUACUGACUAUGACAAUUUAAAAAAAUUGCUAAUGGAAUUAUUCUAG